AUGCCACCUACAGAUUCACCAGACAGUGGGGGUACCGUCAUCCACACAUCGAAAACCAUAAGAGCAGCCGCAACAGACAAUGGAGCCGGCAGCUUUCAUUAUGGAAGGUUGAAUGAAAAAAUUGAUGUUUAUAGUUAUGGGGUAGUUCUAUUAGAGCUAAUUACUGGCCAACUUGCAAUCAUAGAAAGUGAUGAUCUUGACCAUAUAGUGGAGUGGGUGAAUCCUGAGUUCCAGAAUGAGGAUUUAACAAUUAUUUUGGAUCGAAGGAUUCGAGGAGAGUUCGAUGUGAAUUCGGUCUGGAAUGCAUUAGAGACAGCAAUGGCAUGCACAACUUUCACCUCCCACCAUAGAGCCACCAUGGCUUUUGUGCUGUGCCAAUUAACACAAUGUUUGGAAAUAGAGGUGUCUAGGCAUCGAGAAAGAACUCCAGGCUAA